AUGGGAAAUACCAUGGUUUUAGAAAGUGAAGAUUUUACAUAAUACAAUUUAAGUUUGUUGAAAGAUAACCUUACUUAUGUAGGCUCUAAAUAACAUAAGUAUUUGGGCUAAAUCCAAUUAUGGAAGAAUAAGUAAGAUCCUUAAGAGUGGAUAUUUUCUAAAGUAUUUAUACUCUAUAGCAAUAUAGAUUACCUAAAUAGAUGUUGAUCAAAAUUUUAUUAAUUCUUAGCAUAAUUAACGACUAUUAAUAAAACAUGAAAAUUUAUUGAAAUAUUAUGGAUGUACCAUUAAAGAGUAGACAUUUUAAGGAACAAUCAAGGAAUAUAGAAUUUAUUAUGAAUUUUUAUCAACCAAUUUAUCAAGGGUUCUUUAAGAUCAUUAAUCUAAUGGAUAAUAUAUUAAGGAAACAUUUAUCUGGAAAGUAUUAAAAAUGAUUGAAUUAGUUAAUCAAUUAAAUUUCUACUGUAUUUAGCUAUCUUGAUAGUUAGAAUAAGUUUCACUCAAAUAUCAAUUUAGAUAGUCUCUUUUUUGAUUAAGCAAAUAAUUUAAAAAUUUUGGUAAAACCCAAAUUAAAAAUAGUAUCAUGGUGCUCUACCAAAUUUAUUAUCAAGUUAUGCAUAAACUUUAGGAAGUUAUAAUUCUAAUGUUUCUUUAAGUCCUUAAUAAAUGAAUGAUUAUUAAAAUCAUUUGGCUUAGCUUAAAAUAAAUCCUUAUAAGUAAGAUUCAUAUCAAUUUGGAAUUGUUUUGGUGUCUCUAAUGAGUGGUAAAGGUAAAAAUAUUGAUUUUAUAAAAUUAAUUUUCAGACGUAACAAAGUACACAGAUUUUUAUAAGGAAGUAAUCCAUUAUAAGUAAAUAUUAAAUAUUUUGGGAUCAGCUAUUCAUCAUUAUUCUUAAUCUUUAGUAAACAUAGUGAUCAAUUUAUUAUAAUAUGAUGAUUCAUUAAGGCCUAACAUUUCUUAAAUACUCAAAGGAAAAAUCUACAAGUAACCGUCAUUCUAAAAUUAACCAUAAUAAUAUAAUUUCCAAAAUUUAAAUUUAUAUAGAAUAGAUUCAAAACAAUCUUUUUCUACUUAAAAUGAUAGAUUUCUUUAUUCACAUUAAUACUUCAAGACUGUACCAAAUCAACAAGUUCCUUAGAUACCAUAAAGCACAAUUUAAUACUCUUCCCCGUUAAAAUUAUCAAAAAGAUCAUCAAAUGAAUGCAUUAAAUAAUUAUCAUUUACUGAUGUAUACUUUACUCCUAAAACAAAAUAAUCAAGAAGCAUUUCUUAUAGAUAUUUAUCAGGUAGAACGUUUAGUAAAAUUUAAUCACCUUAUAUAAAAUGA